GAAAAGAGAGAGGCUGGUGGAGGAAGAAGAGGGAGGAAAAAACAAGGGGGGGAAUAACACUCAAAGAAAGCACCCAGAGGAGAGGAAGGACAGUAUAGAGAGAGAGAGAGAGAGCUUUGGACAACCUCCCCCCCUUCUCUCUCUCCUCCUCCUCCUCCUCCUCCUCCCUUCCUUUCUUUCUCUCAGGGCUGUCACACCAGAUUGGACCUCCGGAGGACCGACACCGCGUCCAGACCCCAUGGGGUAACAGACGUUUGGAGGAGAGGCUUUUGUUCAGCUACACAGAUGAACAACAGGAAGGAGGACAUGGAGAUCUCCUCUCACUACCGUCAGCUCCUCAGAGAGCUCAACGAGCAGAGGCAGCACGGCAUCCUCUGCGACGCCUGUGUCAUCGUGGACGGAAAGAUCUUCAAGGCCCAUAAGAAUGUCCUCCUGGGCUCCUCGCGCUACUUCAAGACUCUUUACUGCCAGGUUAAAAAAGGGGCAGAGCCUCACCACCAGACUACAGUCACUCACCUGGACAUCGUCACGGCGACGGGCUUCAAAGCCAUACUGGACUUCAUGUACUCGGCGCACCUCGCCCUCACCAGCAAGAACGUGAUCGAGGUCAUGUCGGCCGCCAGCUACCUGCAGAUGACCGACAUCGUCCAGGCCUGCCACAGCUUCAUCAAGGCGGCGCUAGACAUCAGCAUCCGCUCCGAGAUGGCCGACGAACUGGCCGACUUCGAGAUGGGAGCGGUCGCUGCCGCGGGCAUAAGCGGAGGAGGUGGAGGAGGGGUGGGGAUAACAGGGACAGGGGGCGGAGCGGGUUUAGGAGGAGGAGGUGGAGGAGCUGCUGGAGGAGGAGGUGGGAUCGUGGGCAUGGCUUCUGAAGCGUUGGCCUCCAUCAUGUCUGGUCGCAGCACCUCGCCUUGGCUGGCUCGUCGCACCAGCCCGGCCAACUCCUCCGGGGACUCGGCCAUCGCCAGCUGCCACGAGGGAGGCAGCACGUACGGGAAGGAGGACCAAGAACCCCCGAAGAGCCACGAGAGCCAGGAGGACGCCUGCCACGACUCCCAGCCCGCCUGGCCGCACGACUACAGGCCCGUCACCGUCAAAGAGGAGCAGGUGUCGCCCGCCUCCUCCUCGCAUCCACGGGACACUCCCAGAGGGGCGGCCCAGAGCCAGGGGGAGCAAGGGGCCGGAGGGGCCGCCGGAGGAAGAGGCGGAGAGGGCUCCUGGCAACCCCUGUCGGGGUCGGGGCGGAGGAAGAACAGGAAGAACAAGGACACCGUCAGGCAUAUUACCCAGCAGGCCGAGAGGAACUGGGACAGGGAGAGGGACAGGGAGAGAGACCGGGACAGUAGACCUGGAUCUCCUCUGCCCUCCAUGCUGGCUGUGGCUGGAUGGAACUACAACGGACAGGAAAUCCCAGGUGCAGACGUGACCGAACCCAACAGCUCAGACAGCCGCGGCGAGCGCCUGGACUUCUUCCUCAAACAGGAGGAGGCCCUCGCCGCCGAGCCCAGCUACCUGGGACCCGGCGAAUCGGAGGAGGCCGGGGAGGAGGGAGGAGGAGGAGGGGGCGGGACCAUCUCGUCCGUGGCCAAUCUCAAGGCGGCGCUGAUGAGCAAGAACAGCCUGCUGUCUCUGCGGGCUGAGAUGAUGGGAGAUGAUAACCCCUUGCUGUUCGAGUACCUGCCCAAAGGAGCACACUCCCUGUCCUUGAACGACUUCACGGUGAUCCGUAAAAAGUUCAAGUGCCCCUACUGCAGCUUCUCCGCUAUGCACCAGUGUAUCCUCAAGAGGCACAUGCGCUCCCACACCGGAGAGAGGCCCUACCCCUGUGAGAUCUGUGGCAAGAAGUUCACCAGGAGGGAGCACAUGAAGAGGCACACACUGGUCCACAGCAAAGACAAGAAGUACGUGUGUAAAGUGUGCAGCCGGGUCUUCAUGUCGGCAGCCAGCGUGGGAAUCAAACACGGCUCGCGGCGCCACGGCGUCUGCGCCGACUGCUCUGGCCGAGGCAUGGCGGCGCUGCUGGACCACAACGGGGAGGUCGGGGGGGACAUCUCCCCGGAGGAGGAGCUGUACCCGGGCGACCGUUUCCACGACGACCAGGCGGAGUGCGACGGCGACGGCGAGGAGGAGAUGAUGGCGGAGGCGGACGGCGAGAUGAUGGGCGAAGGCGAGGAGGAAGGAGGCAAGUGGAAGGACUCGGGGAUGGCGGCGGAGACGCACGGCGCGAUGGACAAUGAGAAGGAGGAGAGCGACUCCUCGGCGCCCGAGGGGGAGCAGCAGAACGGGAGCGAGAAGGACUUCACCUGGAUCUCCUAGAAUCCGCCGGACUCAACGUCACAGCGGCUCGUCGACCAAAAAUCUCUGAAGAUCUCUUGCGAUCGAUCUCUCGGGGCGGAUUCCUCUCUGCUCUCUUUACCCGUUCGUCCCACCGUGGACGGGCCUUUCCUUUGAACGGAAACGCCGUGGGGUGAGGCGCGACAAUGAUCUACAAUGCACACACACACACACACACACACACACACACACACACACACACUUCGGCUAUUCUCGACGUCGGUAGAAGAAGAAGAAGAAAAGUGGUCAAGAGAAGGCUGGAGUGCGAAGCUUUUUUCUGCUUACCUCCUUUUACUUCUGAUGCAGUGGUUUUAUUUUUUUGGGUGUUUUUUCUUUUUUCGUUUCUUGAGGGUUUCAGGCCGGAGUCCUGUAGUUUUCUACUCUGUCACAACAGGAAUCAACGAGGACGCUGCCAAGGACACGGCCAACGCUAGACUGCAACUUUGUGUGUUUGCCAUCACAAUCACCAUGGAAA